GCCCACGCGCUGCUACGAACUGGUUUUCGCGCCAUCCUUGGCGAGCUGCCUGAAGAGUACUGGGUGCGCCUAGGGCGCGCUCCGGCUCACGAAGCUGCUUUGCCACUCCUGCUCUACGGUGACGAAGCUAAUGCCAUUGGCACGAGCUGGAUGGUUCUGACUUGGCAGAGUGCUGUGUGCCCUGCAGCUUCUGACUCGGUAUUCAGCCGACACGUCAUCACCUUGAUCCCCAAGACUCAUUACGUUAUCCGUGGGCAAAUCAAUGUGACGCUCCAGGAGGCCAUCAAGUGCGUGGUCAGAUCACUUUGCGCCCUCGCCCAAAAAGGGGUCCACCACAAUGGGGAGCAGCUCUUCUGCGAGGUCGUCGGCUUGAAAGGCGACUGGAAGUUCCACGUGCAAAGUUGCUGCUUGACACGGUCAUAUGGCCGGAAAUUGGUUUGUCAUCUUUGCAUGGGGAGCAAAACCUUGGCAGCCCCAGUCACUGAUGUGGGUCCUGAUGCGCUUUGGCGUCAGACGCUGUUAGAUCCAAACAGCCCUCCUUGGAGCCAAGAGCCGGCAUUGGCGGCGUUCCGCGGCUUCAACCCAUCCUGGAUCUGGCCCGACCCCUUACAUGUGUAUUUCCUUGGAACCGGGAGGGAUCUGGCAGGGAGCGUCCUUGUAAUCUUAUUGCGAGUGCGAGGCUUCUUUGCAGGCCCAAACCAGGCAGAUCGCAUGGAAGCCGCCACAGCUCAAUUUAAGCGAUGGAUCGAGCAAAGCAACUUAGCAAAGCUUCCGCGGAAAUGGUCCUUUUCCAAGCCCAAGCUCAAUUGGAAGUCUGGCACAUUUGCCUCGCUUCGUGACAAAGGCUCCCGCACAAGCUCCGUGCUGCUUUGGCUUGCAGACCUUCUUGAUGGCCGUGACUGCGGCGACAACUUGCUUCGCACUUGCGUGUGGGCGGCAAACAAUGUGAUUGGCUUGCUUGCCUCUGCUGCCCAAGCCUCUCCUUUCCUCACCGACGCCGAAGCUGAGCAGGUCAAGACGGUGGGCCAGAUCUUCAUGCAGACAUAUGUUGCCUUGCACUUGCAACACCGUGGCGAGGCGGUAAAGCUCUUUCAAUUCCGCCCGAAGGCGCACCUUCUACAACACCUGCUCUUGCUGCAUGUGCCUGGCAACCAAACAAACCCCUGGCUAGGGGUCUGCUGGAUGGACGAGGACCUCCUGAAAAAGCUGAUGGCGGUCCUGCGCAAGACCCACGUGGUCACAGCUCCCGUGCAAACGCUGCGCCGCUGGCUUCUUCAGCUCCCGGCAAAGUACCAAGCGGUGCUGCUUGCCCGGCUGCACCGUGCGUGA